AUAGAAUCAGCUAUCUGAUUUCAAUUUGACUGAAUUGUUUUGUGUUCUGGAUUAUUGAAAUAGUAAUCACUUUGUUAUUUUGUGAGCGCACUUCAACAUCUGUUUCGAUUACAAAUCACUCAUAUUAUUAAAUGCAAAUGAUGUGAAUAUGUCUCUACUUAGAAUAAUCAAUUAAAUAAAUCUGAACAUUACUCAUUAUAUUUGCAAAUAAAAUGUCUUCAUUAUAUCCACUGAAAUGGAAUUUAUUAUUUUCAUUCCAUAUAUUUGUAAUCUGCAUAGCUUACAACUUUAACUACGUGCUGUCUCAAAAUAUCAACAGUUCUACGAGCAGUGAAAAGUCAGUCGACCAGAGAAUCAUGUGGAUAUCAAUAGGAUUUGGUCUUUCAAUCGCUAUUCUUAUUAUAAUUAUAUGCUGUCUACUCGUUCUAGUGUGUAAUCUUAGGUCAACACAAAGUGAUCCAGAGUCAGAGGAUUUUGAAAAGCCUAUUGGUAAUGGAAGUGGCUGUCUACCUGGAGAUCGUGUUCUGGCUACAUCUGCUCAACGUUAUCACUUUACGCAUCAAAAACAACAAAUGUUGGCUGAUUCAAAAUUUUCAGACGUUCUUGAAAGAGGCAAUAGUCCCCCUAAAAUGCUGUAUCCUGACCUAAAACUGGAAGGAAAAUUGGAAAUGGAAAAUCCAGGAUUCACUGGACCAUUAAAUAUCAGUAUUGAAAAAGACGUAAAAGCCAAAACCUAGUCUAAAUUGAAGUAACUCUAAAUGUUUACUCCUAUAUUAUAUACACACAAUAUAAUUAUAUGGAUCUGUUGAACAGGAUAUUUUGAAGUCAUAAUUUAAAUGUUCUCUUUCUUCCACACAAUCCUGUAUCGAUUCGUCAAAACUUAUCCCGGUUCGUGAGC